GCUCAUUGGAUUCACUUGCUGAUAGUGUUCUAAUAACUGACAACAAUAUACCGUUUCCUUUGGGUGUUUUAUACCCCUUGGGGGUUUCGUUGGCGGCGUGCUCAUUUUCGCAGUUAAAUUACUUUCAGAUUUACAAGAACACAAACAUUCUACAGAAAUGAGCACAACCCAUCAACGUGCACCAAUAACACCGGGCAAAUCUCACGCCCCUUUCAACAGCAGCAUCACCAACAAGCACAGACUGCCCGAUGGACGCAAUCUCUACCACAGAUAUGUUGCCGAACAUGACAACUGUCAAAUCACAGUCGUCUUUCUAAACAACAGAACAUCGAAAUGCGUGACGCGCGGCAAGUGGCUACAUCUUGCCGUUCCGUCAUGCGUGCUCACUAACGCAUUCGGACUAACGCAGGCCGGGGCGAGUUAGAUGGUUAUGUUGUUGAUAUUUGAAAAUUAGUGAAAAAUAAAUUGUUUUUUUUAAAUUUCUUGAACAAGUUUUGUGAAAACUGUUUCGUAUAUGGUUUUUGCGUUCUAUUGAGUAUUUCUUCAUUCGAAUUUUAGUGAAUUUUUAUAGCUUAUACUAACAUGCCAGAUAAAGUUCGAGGAACUUUCGUAUCGCAAAAGAUUAAUAAGGUGAGGUGGAAACCUGAAGAUUUAUCUUAUUCCAGUUAUUUUGUUACAGGCAGUUGGGAUGACCAGGUCAAUACACUUAUGCUAUGGUCCAACCCACGUCCUGAUGAUGACCCAGAUCAACUUACAGUCAAGACUGCAUCCUUGAAUUUCUCGGGGGAUGUGACUGAACUAUUGUUCAUUGACGACAAAAGGUUUAUUGCGUCUUCGUCACAUGGAUUCGCAAAGUUGUUUGAAAUUGAAUUCUUAGAUCUUGGGAAAGCUCUGUUUAAAGAAUUGAUAGUCUGGGACAAGUUACACGAGUUUAGCUAUGGAAACUGUUGUCCAUGUACUGGUUUAGCGUGUUUUGAAGAAGAUAUUGCUACCAUAGGAGAGGAUGGCAGAAUAGCUCUACUCACUGCCAGACAGAAAAACCCUCUUCGGAAAAUAGAUAAAGCUGACAGUUGUUCAUUACACUGUGUGUGUUUCUUGAAGUACAAUGAAGUGUUGACUGGAAAUAUUCGUGGUCAUAUGAAAGUUUGGGAUUUAAAAAGUCAGUCAAAUAAACCAGCAACAACAUUUAUGAUGUCAGGUGAUCAGAUUGCAGCCAGUUGUGUAACAUUUCAUCCUACGCAGCGUCACAUGCUACUUGUAGGUGGAGAUGAUGGUUCUUUGACUGUGUGGGAUAUGAGACACAAUACAUUUCCUGUUACUGUUCUCAGUGCCCAUGCAGAGUCAGUGAGUGAACUGAAAUUCCAUCCUGAUCGUCCAGAACACUUAUUCUCAUGUUCUGCUGAUGGUGAUGUGUGGCACUGGAACACAUCAACAAUGUCGCGAGGCACACGUUUCAGUUCCAGUUCAGAUAUGUCAAUAGAUGAGAAUCCCUGGCUGAGUAGUGAUGCUGCCAAGCAUCGAAUUGAGGUGUUGUCAACUAUGCCAAAAUUGCACAAACCAGUCAAUUCUUUGGAUGUGAAUCACAGUAGAUUGAUAUGUUCAAGUGACAAUGAAGCAGUCUAUGUUAUUAAUGAUGUUAUCCCAUGAGUCUUUUAUAAUGGAUAUACUUUUUACAUUUAUUAAAAAAAACUUCCUCUUUUUUUAA